AUGUCGAAUCCACCGGAACGGCCAUGGACCGAGGAGGAGAAGUACACCCUGCUUACAGAAAUCCUCAAGAAGGCAGGAUUUCCCUCCAGUCAUCUGGUCAAGAUGAUUCGGGACUUCAAUAUCUCCCCCAACUGGGCAGAUAUUCCCCUCCCUCCAGGCCGCUCUAUGAAUUCCUGUCAGAUGGCAUUCGUAAACAUGGUCCAACAUGUCCAGGCAUCGGUCAAUCCAGGCAUGGGGCCUUUCCCUCUACCACGUCACGAAGCCUCGCUACCACCUGCGCCUUCAUUCGAGGGCGGCAAUGUCCGCAAGCGCCCUCUCUUCCCUGCUGACAAGCCUAUGCGUGCUCCGCGAGCAAUCCAGCCUCGCCCGGCGGGAGCGAGCACGGCGUCUCUGAGCAGCGAAAGUGGCGCGUCGGCUCUUGUCUCCCCGGGUGCGGAAAGUGUAGCGGCCAGAGGCGAGCCCCCGCGCAAACGAGGACGGCCAAGCAAGGCCGAGUCGGAACGACGCAAGGCAGCUGCCGAAGCUCGAGGCGAAACGUACCCUCCCCCGCGACGGUCUGGCUCCAGCAAGAUAAAGAUUCCCUCUGCACCAACUAGCCCCGCCGGGGUCGAGCCAUUCGCGGCUACAUUCACACCCCAGGCCACGGCCAGUCGGCCCCCGCACAUCCCCCAGCCUAAUCUACGCUACGCGCCUCCAAUCGCAAGGACGAUGGGGUUCAUUGGGCCCGGUGACGAUGAUCGGUUAAGAGACCCAGCCAAUCGCGACAUAGACCCGGCAUUGAGAGAGCUCCCUCGUCCAACGGAGAUGAGACAAACGUUACCAUCCCCACAGGCGCUGCAGUUAGGGCAUAGGGAGACUAUGGCACGAGUGAAUCCUGUCGAACGCCCUUUUGAACGACCUCAUCCCGACAGAGUUCCCUUCGCAGACCGAAGAGCCCUUCUUCACCCUCCCAGUAGGCAUCAUGACGAGCCUUCCGUGUCGAGCCCAGAGAUGUCAAUGCGCCCUUCGAGUGAAAAACGAACAGAAUAA